AACCUGCAGGGGAUCAGCCUGGAUGACUCACACCAGAACCUCCUCCCGGUCUGCAGAGAUAGGCUGUGGGAUGGGUGGAGUGAGGAGUGAGUAGCUUUUCAGCCUCGGCGCUGCGGAAACUGCGGAAUGGAGGAUGAACCUGAGCCUUCCUUACAGCCUCGGAGCCAGAUCCAGGCCAGAGUCCUGCUCCUGACCAUCUGUGCAGCUGGCAUUGGUGGAACUUUUCCAUUUGGCUACAGUCUUUCCAUCAUCAAUGCCCCAACCUUGCACAUUCAUGAAUUCAUCAAUGAAACAUGGUGGGCACGUACUGGUAGGCCUCUGCCCAACCACCUCAUUUUGCUUGUGUGGUCCUUCAUUGUGUCACUCUACUCUCUGGGGGGCCUCUUUGGAGCACUGCUCACCGGACCCAUGGCCAUCACACUGGGAAGGAAGAAGUCCCUCCUGGUGAAUAACAUCUUUGUGGUGGCUGCGGCGAUCCUGUUUGGCUUUAGUCGCAAAGCAGGCUCCUUUGAGAUGAUCAUGCUAGGAAGACUGCUCAUAGGAGUCAAUGCAGGUGUAAGCAUGAGCAUCCAGCCCACGUAUCUGGGGGAGAGCCCCAAGGAGCUCCGGGGAGCAGUGGCUAUCACCUCAGCCGUCUUCACAGCCCUGGGGAUUGUGAUGGGGCAGGUGGUUGGACUCAGGGAGCUCCUGGGUGACCCACAGGCCUGGCCCCUGCUGCUGGCCAGCUGCCUAGUACCUGGGGUGCUCCAGCUCACAUUCCUGCCCCUGGUUCCUGAGAGUCCUCGGUACCUCCUCAUUGACCGUGGAGACACCAGUGCCUGCCUGACAGCCCUGCAACGGUUGAGGGGCACAGCAGAUGUGGCAGGAGAGCUGGAGGAGAUGGAAAAGGAGCAUGCCACCUUCCAAGGCCAACGUGCACGGCGCCCGUGGGAGCUAUUCCAGGAUCCAGCCCUGCGGAGGCAGGUGAUAAGCCUCGUGGUGCUAAGCAGUGCCAUGGAACUCUGUGGGAAUGAUUCGGUUCUAUGCUACGCCUCCUCCGUGUUCCUGGAGGCAGGAAUGCCCUACGAGAAGGUCCAGUAUGCCAUCAUUGGGACUGGUUGCUGCGAGCUCCUCACUGCCUUUGUUAGUUGUGUGGUGAUCGAGAGGGUGGGAUGGCGGGUGCUGCUGAUGGGGGGAUACUGCCUGAUGAUCUGCUGGGGAGGCAUCUUCACAGUGUCUCUGUGUCUGCAGAGCUCCUUCCCCUGGAUGCCCUACCUGGCCAUGUCCUGCAUCUUUGCCUUCAUCCUCAGCUUUGGCAUCGGCCCUGCUGGAGUGACGGGAAUUCUGGCCAUGGAGCUGUUUGACCAGAUGGCCAGGCCUGCCGCCUACGUUGUCUGUGGUGCUCUCAUGUGGACCAUGCUCUUCCUGGUCGGGCUAGGGUUCCCCUUCAUCAUGGAGGGCUUGUCCCACUUCCUCUAUGUUCCUUUCCUCUGUGUCUGUGUCUGUGGGGCCAUCUACACUGGCUUGUACCUCCCUGACAAAGGCAAGACCUUCCUAGAGAUCUCUGAGGAAUUGCAUAGACUCAACUUGCCCCAGCGGACUGGAGGCCCCAAGUGGAAUAACCUGGAGAUCAUCCAAUCCACAGAGGUCUAG